AUGGGUGUCAACUUGCAGACACAUACCUCAGUAACAUCCGUCUCGGCAGCCGAUGGAGGCACAAAAGAUCAUGAUUGGGUCGUGAAUACACCGCGCGGCUCCGUCACAACCAGCACUCUCGUCUAUGCUACGAAUGGUUACACGUCUGCCCUCGUACCGGAGAUGAAGGACAAGGUGGUCCCAGUGAGAGGCAUAGUAGCGCGCUUGGCGGGCGAAAAUGCACCAAGAAUGACUGAUAGCUAUAUGAUGCGGUUUUCCGACUAUGAGUACGACUACAUGAUUCCUCGACCGGACGGUAGUAUCAUCGUCGGGGGCGGAAGGCGCGACUACUACAAAGACUUGGACGAAUGGUUUGAUGUAUCCGACGACAGCAGACUGAUGGAUGGCGCGCGGCAUUACUUUGACGGUUACAUGCAACGACAUUUCCGCGGGUGGGAGAAUAGUGGUGCACACACAGAAGAGCUCUGGACCGGUAUUAUGGGCUAUUCCAACGACGGGUUCCCCUAUGUUGGGCCAGUUUGCGGCAAACCCGGCCAGUAUAUGUGCGCAGGAUUCAGCGGGCACGGUAUGCCGCAGAUCUUCUUCUGUGCAAAAGCCAUUGCUUCCAUGGUCAUCACGGGUGACGCAGAGAAUGUGGAUCUUCCUGUGCCGUACCGCAUCACCAGGAGUAGAUGGUACCAGCAGAAAGAACAUGUGUCUCUCAAGAUGUGGCAACAGAUAGCGGAAAGCCAGCCUGCUCAAGCACGGUUGUGA